GAGGAAGACGAUAAGGACUAAUAAACGAUCGCUCAUGCUCACCCUUGACCCGCACGAGGUUACGCAACGCUGACUUGGGGCAUCCGUUGCACUCGAGCACACAUCCAGUGGUGCAGAGUGUGUAGCCUUUUGGCACCCUGCUUUGUGUGUGUGUGUGUGUGUGUGUGUGCAUGCGUGUGGGUGUGGGUCUGUGUUUUUUUUUUUCAAUCCACUUCUGCUUUGACACAGAGGCCAGCUCGGGCUCUGAAGAGCUCUUAAUGCGGCACGUUUGGGAUUCUUACUCACCGGCUAGCUGACUGUGAACUGGUUGGAGACCGUGGGACUGCGAGACCUCUGAAUGGGAACGGAUACUUGGGAUGAAAGGGAAUUUCUACAAUGAGCUCACUCCAAGGGCUGGAAUUAAUGGGAAGACCAUGGAGUUUUGAUCCUGACUUAAAAAUAUACUCUCUUAUGAUUUCCAGGCUUUGAGACAGGUUUUUACACAAUGGGUGUCAGAACUGACAAGUUGUUAAGUAAGUUAAUCCGGUGCAAGUGACCCAUUUAUCAAUGAACGAAUAACCCUUAUUUAUGCAUUUUAUUAUCAUUAUUAUUUUUUCUUAUGCCGUAUAAAAUGGAGCAUCCUUGGAAGAUGUGGAUUUUAUAAUGCCUUAAAUGACGUGAUUUCAGUGUCCGGUGUUUAUUUUUCCCUCCUUUUUGAUCUCUCACUGCACAUUUGCCGAUUUGUAGCGAUACUAAAAUUUAAACACACCUCCAGACUCCCUGUGAAUGCAUUCAGAAUGCUUGAAAGUCCACCUUGAAGAUCUGUGGUGUAGAAACUGUUUAGCUUGCACACAUGAAGAUAUGACCAUGCUUUGAAGACAGACAGACAGAGAGAAAAAGAAAGAAGGAGACCAUGAACUGCUCCACGUUUUGCUGCAUCUGCAGGAGGAGAGUACGGGAUGAGAGCAGUUUCCUGGGCAGUGCCAGCUUCUCCGUAGCCGACCUAAUCAAGUCAAAGGACCAGCAGCUUUCUCUCAGCUUAAGGACGGCAGAUGAUUCGGCAGCUGUGGGGACGGUGGUGGUGUCUCGGCUGAAGAUGGGAGAGAUUGAGGAUGGUGGUGUGGACUACAUUGCCACUGAUGCACACCAGAAGUGCACUCUGGUGUGUGAGCCACAUGGGAUCACGAACGACAAGGAUAACGGGCCGCUGAUGAAUGCAGUGUUUAAGAACCCGGUGUGUAGAGUGUACAGGUUCCAGACGACAGACAGCAAGUGGAUGCAGGUGAAGGAGCAGAUGGCUGAGUGCACUUUGUCCUUCAGUAUCCCCAUCCAGCUCCUCAGGCUCUACAUUCAGGAGGACACGCAGAGGAUUCAGGAGCUGAACAAUCUGGGUGAGCUCUCACCACACUGGGACAACCUGAGGAAGGACGUCAUCGCUCGCUACAGCCACCUCAUCAAAACCUACCAGGACACACUCGCGGAGCUGGAGAAGUUCACUGGUCCUCCGUUCAAGCCGAGCUGCAGCAAGGCACAGAAAUACCUGGAGUUUAUUCCCAUUAAUCUGCACACACAGCGCAUGAGGGUGACGUGUCCUAGGAAAACAGAAGCCUUCUACGAUGUGAUCACAGUUGGAGCUCCAGCCGCUCACUUCCAGGGCUUCAAGAACGGAGGCCUUCAGAAGCUGCUCAGCCGAUACGAAACAGAGAAGAAAAGCUACAGCACGGCGUAUCAGUGCAUCUACUAUUCUCCAGAAAACACAGCCAAGGCCAGAGAGAUCCUGAGCAUGGUGGCGCAGCUACAGCCUCUCAUCUGCAGCCUGGCCGAACGCCUCCUCCUUCAGGCCCAGCAGCGCUGUGGCCUCGGCCUCCGGGAGGCACUCAAGAGUCUGGAGGAAAAGACGGAGCAGUUUGUGCAUUCCCUGAAGGACGAGUUGGUGAAGAACGCGCUCUUCGCGCUGCACACGGCACGUCCGGGCUACAUGAACAAAAGUCAGAUCCCCAACCAACCCGAGACAAACGUGACCCAAACCGUGACCUCGGACGUGACCCCGAAUCAAAACCAGAGCCGGGAGCCGAGCGUCGUCGUCUGCAACAACGUGUCUGGAUCUCAGACGCCUCCUAAAAAUGAAGUUCGUCAGACGCUUAAACAGCAAGACCUUCCUCAUCAUGAGGAGUAUGAUGAAGAGGAAUGGGACAGGGUGUGGGCCAAUGUGGCCAAGGGUCUGAACUGUGUCAUUGCCAUGGUGGAUAAGCUACAGGAGCAGGACAACAACAACCAGGAGUCUGCUCCCGACCAGGCGCUCGCCGACGUCAUCACCUCCCACAGCCCUGCUGCAGACUGGAGGGAGCAGCUCAGCCCGUUGGUGGUGGCGCUGAAGGACUGUGUGAAAGAGGUAGCAGAGCGAGCGUGCAGGUCCAUGGCGUUUGUUCUCCUCCAGGAGGCGGCGUGCAGCACACCAUCCGGCCUGCAGCUCCAACAGAGACGUGACACUGUAUUCAGCCAAGCGUUGGCUGCACUAGCCUGUGGUUUUGUCAUGCGGCUGUACUCUGGAAUAGAGGAUAAGGGCUUUAUGAGACAAUUGCACACCGUGGGACUGGUGGCCCAGUUUGAAAGCUUGCUCAGCACUUACAGUGAGGAGAUAGGAAUGCUGGAGGAUAUGGAGGUUGGGAUUUCUGAUCUACACAAAGUCAUGUUCAAAAUCACAGAAGCUACUUCAGACGACCCCAGCAAUCUGCAGCCCACUGUCAGUGGCAGACGAGACCAUUACACUGUAGAGGUGCCACUUCCACUCCAAACCUUCCAGACGCUACCAGAUGAAGUGCGUCAGGGCAAGCUGCUGCAGGUCUUCCCGGUGCUCUUCAACGUGGGCAUCAACGAACAGCAGACAUUCGCUGAGAGGUUUGGGGAUGUAUCCUUACAGGAGAGGAUAAAUCAGAAAAAUUUUGACGUUUUAGAGACGUAUUAUAAGUCAUUCAGCGACAGGAUUCCAAUAGAAAAUCUGCCUUCUUUUCAUAUGCAGCCAGAUGUGAAGGAGCUGCUUGAUACGCUUGGCCAAAAUGUUGUGACCAAGAAGAGGAAGAAUGUGGAAAUCCUUUGGCUCGCAGGAGCGAUCUGCCGGCGGCUUAACGGCAUCCGCUUCACCAGCUGUAAAAGUGCCAAAGACAGGACGUCCAUGUCAGUGACGCUGGAGCAGUGUGCCCUGCUGAGGGACGAGCACCAGCUUCAUAAGGACUAUUUCGUCCGGGCACUGGACUGCAUGCGCAGCAGUCGGCUGGCCCAGGGCGAAGGUGCCCAAUGGGACGACCCUGAGGCAGGCUCGGUAGCCAAUCACAAGCCGGCGCCACGCCAAUUCUACCCGAUCGCUCUUCUUCUCGUUAGCUCUCACCUUCUGGUAGUGUGGCUCAUUUUAAGUCUUGUUUUCCUGCUUGCAAAAUAUCAAUAAACUCCUGAUUAUACCCUAACAACCCUCGUGCUGUCUAACUUUGUUCUGCGCUCGCUGGCGGCGCGAAAAGCUACCUCCUCUCUUCUGCCGUGUCUCUCGGGUAUGCUUGUUGACACAUUUAUCAUUUCCCUUUGCUAUAAUCCUCUUUAAAGACAUCUCUCGGGGUUCGCUUGUUUUGUUUCCCACUUCAAAGUAGAAAGUCUGUCGUUACUGUUUACAUAAUAAGCUGACAGGUUCUCAAUUCUGGUCUUAUCUCUUUCCCUGUGAGGACGGCGCUUCAUCCCUAUGAUGGACAGGAAGCGCUCGUCACGGUGACCUCUAAUCUAAUGCAUCACCCAUGCUCAGACUUGAAGCGCAUUUCAACAUUUUGCUCAUUCAUGUAGUUUUGUGUAAAAGGAAUCUGCUCAUAAACAGUUGUUCAGGAUGUCAUGUUCAUCCGAGUGUUCCAAGUGCUGAACACUCGUUCAAACUUGCAGCUAUUUUAUUUAAUCCUUUAUUCCGUCCUUAAUACCAGAUCAGGCAGGAUUUGGUCGCUGCGCUAAAAAGAAUUUCCUGACAAGGAAGUUUUUAAAAGCUCGAAACACACCUUUAGGCGUUUGUUCAACGCAUAAGUCGUUACAUGCAAAAGGGUUGAAUCAGCUGUCUUAAUCUGUAGAGCAUAUUUUGUAGACAUUUAUAUGAAAUGUUUUUUAGGAAUGUGUCCAGAUUUGAUAAAUCACUCUCAGGUCAAUCAGGGGAACGUACAGUAUGAAGCAUUACAUAAACUAAAGAUGAACUGGUUUUCUUAAAUAGAAGGACGUGAGGACAUCGCAGCUCAAGGAUGCAAGGAUACAGUAUUUAUUUAUACCGUAUGCAUUACUCGAAGGUGGCACAGUGAUGUAGUGGUUCGCACUGUCGCUCUGCAUCUCCAGGGUCUGGGUUCGAUUCCCGUCUCUGUGUGCAUGGACCUGCAGAUUAGGUUAAUUGGUGUUCCCAAAUUGCCCAUAGUGUGUAAAUGAGUGUGUGUGUGUGCCAUGCCAUGGAUUGACACCUUGUCCAGAGUGUACCCUGCCUUGUGCCCUAAGUCUCCUGGGCAGUGGUGCAUCUCUGUUGCCCCUAUCAAAGAUAAUGUAACAAGAUUGCCUUAUAAUUUCUAAGAAGUCUUUCACACACUUACUUUUAUGUCCUGUCUUAUUCAGUCUAACUUUUUUCUAUAUUGCAGUCACAUGGCCUGUCAACAAAUUAGAAGUAAAUAGACUAUACAACAUGACUAAGCGUUUUUUCUUCUAUCUUGUGUGACAUCAUUGAUUAGUCGAUCUGAUAGCACUGACAUUUUGUUUUUAGUUGACAAGAAAAUUCCUUGAGCAGAACUUAAAGUACAACUUAAUGGAUUACCUGCAAAAGCCAACAACUCGGUCGAAUUUCUGUAAAAACGUGGUAUUGGUGCUAAAAAGUGUCUCAAAAUUUGAUUUUAGGAUCAAUACAGUAUAACAACAUUUCUCAUAUUAAAUAAUUUUUCAUAAUUUUUCUUCCGAUCCAUGCUUUGUUUUUUUGUAAACAUGCAUACGCAUUUAUAUUUUUAACAGAUAAAAACAAAUACAUGUGCUAAAUGCAAUUUAAUGCAAUUUAAUGCCCUUUUAAGUUUUAGUGUCCGUAACGUUUUUAAAUUCAAAUCUUUCAAUGAUCUUAAUUGUCAUUGGGAUGAAACUUGCCCGAUUUAUAUUUCACAUGAAAAGACAUAAACCUGAAAAGGUGUUUUACUAUGAAAUGCAAAAUUGUUACAUUUUUUGCAACAAGUAUAUCCUGAUCCAAACCAUGGCUACGAUUUGAUGCCGAUGAUUAAAAAUGCUCAACUCAGCACUUGUUUUUCUGUGUUGAAUGUAUCAGUUUCAGCAGCGCGACAUUACACGUUACUGUUUACAGGAGAUUGAUUACAAGGAACUUUCUAGGAAACUGGACCUUUUACUGUUUGUUUUGUAAUUUGUUGACAAGCAAUGAUACAAACAAGAUUUUGUUUUACAGAAUAAACAAAAUUAGAAAAGUAAAUAUGGGACACGCCCUUUGGGCAGAGCAGUACGUGCGGCGCGGUAUUACAAUGACCUACUCAUCCACACUACCAGGCAGCAUGGAAAAAAUCUUUUCAGGAAUGUCAAAUGUGUUUCAGUUCAUUCACAUAAAAUUCAUUUUUUGUUUUUUAUUUUUUUACUUUUUAGCCAUGCCAAGACCAUGAGCAGUUUUACAAACUCCGGUGAAAUAGAGUAAAACAAACACAGAAAGUUGUGUAGAUAUCCGGGGAUAGACGAACCUUAGGAAUUGUUCUCAUAUAAGCGAUGAGAAAAAAGAAACAAAAGCCUGGGAAGUUUUACACCGCCUAGGGGAAAUGUAAAAAGACACUGACAAAAAAAAUUAAUAAAUAAAGUAGGUGAAGUCAAGAUUUCUCAGAGAGCAAUUCAUCAUUUCUGGACACUUUUUCAAAGAAAAAACAAUGGUGUAACAGAACUGUCUACUGGAUUAUGACCCCUGGUUCAACCAUUUUUCAUGCAGUGAUCUCUACGAUGGACUGAUGCUUUGAUGUUUUACGAUUGAGACGCUUCAACAGAGAACCAGAAUAAAACUUUUUGCUCAUCGGCAUGAAUGUGCCAAAGCAUUUGCUUUUACGAUGUGAACAAGUUGUACAAAUUGCUUGAAAAAUUUCAAACUCAAUCUGUUACAGGAUUUUGCAGGUUAUUCGUUGUGGUGUGCUGUUUGUAGUGACUAUUUUAGGAGAAAGGACUUUUGCAUAUGUUAAGGAUGAAAGAAAAUCAUAAACCUGGGCAUGAAAUAAUGGAUUACAGUCUUUUAUACAUAUUAUACAUAUAGAUUAUAGAUUAUGAUAUACCAGUGACAGUCUCAAUCUCUCCCUCCAAAAAUAAAUAACUUUCAUUUAAUAAAUAGUUUAUUUUAUCGAUCAAUUAAUUAAUCACAAAAUUCUCCUUUGAGUGUGCUUUGAAGUGUCCGUCACUGGAUAGAUUCUUACACUGGGUUACUAGGUUACUAACUUAAUAAUUAAUUAAAUAAUUAAAACACAUAAUAACCUGAUAUGUAGGGGAGUAAACAUAAUAAAGCAUGCUGUUAUUGGAAAUCAAUCCAUGCGGUGGUCGUGUAUCACCGUAUCAUCAACUUAACGUUGUUGUUUUUUUUUAUUAUUCCUCUUAUGCAUCAGGAAUUUGCCAAUGAUUUAUUACUGAUGAGUCAGAGAUGGACCACAACCCUCAUCAUGAUAAUAAAUAUAAAAGACAUGAACAAUGAUAAAUCAUGUUUUGUUUAACCUCUUAGAGUUACGUUGUUGAACUUCCACCGGGCAGGUGAGUCCUGGUUAUCACUUGCAGAAGAGGUCACCAUUACAACCCACUGACACUGGAGACUCCUUCCAUAAUUAAUAAACAAACACAGACGCUUCACUAUAUCAACAUCCAUAAGUUGCACUUAGUUACAUACAGUAACAACAUAUUUACACAUAACAUUAUACUCAUGUAUGUCCUUUGUACUGUACAAUGUGUUGCAGCUGUUACCAUGGCAACGAUAACAUAUUAGAACAAAUGUGAUGUAAAUAAGAGCUGGUGUUACAGUUACUGAGACGCUGUUAAGGAAAACACAUAAACACCUUCUGACCAAUCCGAGUCGAGAACUCACAGCGUUGAGGUUAUCAAACGGGGAACCUGCAAUAAAGAUGAGACUUAAGAUGCGUUU